AACUCUUCUUGACGUGAGCUCUGCGCGCGUCCUGUGCUUGUGUACAGCAAGAAGAACGCAGCGGCGCGCGGAUCAGCGGGAAUGCGCACUGAACUGCAGUGCACGUCUGUCCGUGACAGAAGCCUUUACAGCAGAGUGGAUUCAUACUUUGGGUGUACCAGCAACAUCUAAGACAGUUUCACAAGAAGAAUUUUGAGGCAGGCAGGUGAAUUUAGACGAUCACAGGAAGCUGACCAUCAACACCUCCUCAUGAUGCACAUGAACAGCUUGUUGAACGGAUGGAAUGAGAUCUCCAAGAUGUGUGAGGUGGGUGACACUCCAGAACCGGUCAGUCCCACGCUGCUCCAUGAGUCCACAGACACCUUCUGGCAGACCGACUGUUGGCACAGGCUCCGCACCACCGUCCGUAAACUAGAGUUCUGGGAAGACUUCAGCGCAGAACUUAUCGGAACCGGCUUCUUCUCCAAGGUCUUCAAGGUGAUACAUGGCACCACCAAGAAGGUGAUGGUAGUGAAGAUCUACAAGAACGACGUGGAUCAGAACAGCAUCGUGAGGGAGAUCAGUCUCCUUCAGAAACUCUCCCACCCCAACAUAGUGAGGUACCUGGGGAUCUGUGUCAAGGAGAACAAGCUGUAUCCAAUUCUCGAGUAUGUGAGCGGAGGCUGUCUGGAGGAGCUGCUGGCCAGGCAUGACGUCAACCUCUGCUGGAGAGAGAAGAUCGAACUGGGCUGUGAUAUUAGCCGAGGAAUGACCUAUCUCCACUACAAGAACGUUUACCACAGAGAUCUCAACUCCAAGAACUGCCUGAUCCGCGUGACCUCGCGUGGCAGGGAGGCUGUUGUCACUGAUUUCGGGCUUGCUAGAGAAGUGGGGGAUCUGCCGGCAAAAGGUCCCGACAGGAAGUUGUCUCUGGUGGGGUCGCCCUUCUGGAUGGCCCCUGAAAUGCUUCGAGGAGAGCCGUACGACCGCAAGGUUGAUGUCUUCUCUUUUGGGAUCAUGUUGUGUGAGAUAUUAGCGAGAAUCCCUGCAGACCCAGAAGUGCUGCCCAGGACACAGGACUAUGGGCUGGAUGUGGAAUCGUUCAGAGAGCUGGUGCAGGGCUGCCCAGAGCGGGUUCUGGAACUCUCCGCCAGCUGUUGUCAGAUGGAUGCAUUCCGAAGGCCUUCCUUCUCUGAUCUCCUGGAUGAGCUAGAGGACAUCGCUGAGACCCUAGAGCCACCAGACAACAUCAUAACCACUGGGUGAUCUCCACAAAUACCUCCUAACAAACCACUGGACUGAAGGAUUUAAGGGACUGUGCUAGAUAAGAGCCUGCAGCAGUGGACCGUGACUAGCACUCUGUUCUCCAAAGAGGAGAAUAUAGAGGGGAAUGUCUGGUGAUUGAGGACAAAAUCACUCAACUGAAUGUCCGCUCAAUAACCAGUUCUUGAUCCCUCCCUGCAGCGUGCGACACUGACAUUUGAGAGGCUGAAUUUUAUCUAUUUUUUAUUUCAGAUAGAUUAAAGUAAUAUUCUUUAGGGACCAAAUUUUUGAAAGACCAAAUUCUCUAUGAACCAUUUCUAAAGUAUAUGUGUUUACUUUUUUUUGUAUAUGAAAUGACUUAAAAAAUUAUUUACAGCAGAGGUUUGUACAAACCUGGAACAAACCAGACCAGAGAAAUUAAGUUACCAAAUUUACCAUAUAAUUGCACACUUGCUUAUUUGACAUGCACUGUGAAAUGUCACCUAUUUAUGCCCUCUUGUGCUUGCCGUGUCACCCAUUUUUCCCACUGUUAACAUCCAUCCAUGAGUUCUAAAAUAUUUGAGCUUAUUGAAUGUAUAGCCCCUUAAGAUGUAAUAUCUCAUUUUUAAGGGGGUUCUAUAAAUACAAAAACAUGUUACAACAUAAACAGAACAUACGUACGAAAUAUGAACACACAAAUAAACAAAAACAAAAGACAUGCUUAACCAGUCCCCCGCACCCACAGCAAUAUCCAAUUACAUUUCUCCGAAAUACGGUUGUAGAAUAUGCAUGGAGAUCAAUUUUAAAACAGUUUACGCACAAACACAUAAUGUAUUACUGAAUAAAAAUUCAGUUUGUUUAGCUAUAAAAGCUAAAAUAACAGUACAGAGCUGUUUGUUAAUGUACUACAGUAAGGGCUGUGGAAUCACUGUUUUCUCAGGUCACACUGGGGUUUUAAUUAUGUCAAUAUUCUCAUAUUUGUUGGGUCUUGUACAUAUGUUUGUAUAGUCCUUUCUCAGAUGUUUAAACUAGCGUUUCUAAACUAGAAUCUAUUUUGUUUACUGACUCUAAUUGAACUGUUUGUAUUAUUCCUGACUCUAUUUGUGUAUAUGGUGCUUGGUUACAUUCAAAUAUGUAUAUUUCUAGUUUAUUAGUUGCACCAAUAAAAGCAUAUUGAUUAGU